AUGGAAGUGAAAAUAUACAGGCUCGAAAUCGACAUCAGCAGCCAUCUGAGUUCGUUGAGGUUGUUGAGUUCUUCCACCUUGAAUAGGAUCAAAUUCAUCUUCUUAUGGCUACUCUUGGUUCUCCCUGAACAUAGCACUGCCGUGAAAUCCGAAGCCAUGAGCUGCAUCUACAAAGACCCGUAUGCUCCGAUCGAAGCCCGAGUUAGAGACCUUCUCUCCCGGAUGACCCUUCGAGAGAAAGUCGGCCAAAUGACCCAGAUCGAGCGAAGCGUCGCAACCCUUUCCGCCAUAAAAGACCUAUCCAUAGGUAGCAUACUAAGUGUUGGUGGUAGCGGGCCAUUUGAGAAUGCAAAAUCGUCUGAUUGGGCAGACAUGGUGGAUGAUUUCCAGAAGGCCGCACUUAAGUCUAGGCUCGGAAUUCCUUUGUUGUAUGGUAUUGAUGCAGUUCAUGGUAAUAAUAACGUCUAUGGUGCUACCAUUUUUCCUCACAACAUAGGCCUUGGAGCCACUAGAGAUGCUGACUUAAUCUGGAGGAUUGGAGCUGCUACAGCUCUCGAAGUUAGGGCAAGUGGGAUUCACUAUACUUUUGCUCCAUGUGUAGCUGUGUGUAGGGAUCCCAGAUGGGGAAGGUGCUAUGAGAGUUUUGGUGAAGACCCUCAAAUUGUUAAGAUGAUGACUUCAAUGGUCGUUGGCUUACAGGGAAAACCAUCCCAAGGACACCCUUAUGGCUACCCAUUCGUGGCUGGAAGAGAAAAUGUCGUUGCAUGUGCAAAGCAUUUUGUUGGAGAUGGUGGCACCAAGAAUGGUAAAAACGAGGGAGAUACUAUAUCAUCAUAUGAUGACCUGGAGAAAAUUCAUAUGGCUCCUUUUGUUGACUGCAUUUCUCAGGGUGUAUCUACUAUCAUGGCAUCCUAUUCUAGCUGGAACGGCACUAAGUUGCACGAUUGCUGUUUUCUUCUUACUGACAUCUUGAAAGAGAAGCUUGGAUUUAAGUUGAUUGCUGGAUGUUUUUUGCAGGGGUUUAUUAUAUCCGACUCAGAAGGCCUUAACAGGCUUUCUAAUCCUCAUGGAUCUAAUUACCAGCAUAGUGUUCUGUCAGCAGUCAGUUCAGGAAUUGAUAUGGUGAUGGUGCCUUAUCGAUUUCAAUUAUUUAUUGAAGAUUUGACGCAUUUGGUAGAGUCAGGAAAAAUACCAACCAACAGAAUCGAUGAUGCAGUUGAAAGAAUCCUGAGAGUUAAAUUUGCAUCUGGCCUCUUUGAACAUCCCCUGAGCGAUGGAUCUUUAUUGGGUGUAGUUAGUUGUGAGACGCAUAAGAAACUAGCACGUGAAGCAGUUCGCAAAUCCUUGGUUUUGUUAAAGAACGGGAAGAAUCCGGGGGUACCAUUUCUUCCUCUGGACCGACAUGCAAAGAGAAUUCUUGUCGUUGGAAGGCAUGCAGAUGACCUUGGAUAUCAAUGUGGUGGGUGGACAGCGACGUGGGAGGGGAAAAGUGGCAGAAUAACAACGGGCACUACAAUUUUGGACGCUAUUAAAGAAGUUGCCGGGGACAAAGCAGAAGUAACAUACGAACAAAAUCCAUCCGGGACUGAAACUUUCAGUGGAAAAGACUAUUCUUUUGCCAUUGUAGUUGUUGGUGAAGGACCAUACGUGGAAUCUGGUGGAGACAGCACAGAUCUCAAGAUUCAUUUUAAUGGAGCGGAACUUCUAAGUAUGGUAGCAGAUGAAGUCCCCACAUUAGCAAUCUUGAUAUCUGGGCGGCCUUUAGCUUUAGACCCAGUGCUGUUCGACAAAAUCGAUGCGUUGGUUGCAGCAUGGCUGCCCGGCAGUGAAGGGGCUGGGAUUGUUGACGUUAUCUUUGGAGAUUAUGAGUUCCAAGGACGGCUUCCAAUGACUUGGUUCAAAAAUGUCAAUCAACUACCGAUGCAUGCUGAAGACAGUUUAUAUGAUCCUCUGUUCCCGAUUGGUUUUGGUCUGACGAGCAAGAACGAGAUUCUCAAGGGUUAA